CGAGGAAGCCUGCGCGGUUGUUUCCCGUCCGUCCAUCCAUCCAGUCAGCCGAAGGGAACCCCAGCAUCUUUUUUGUUGUUGUUCCUGGGGAGGGACGCAGCCGUCACCAUGAUGGCCAUCACGAAGCCGCUGCUCCUGUUGCUCGUGGGCGCGACGUCGUGCGCGCUGUGUGCGGACGCCGAGAUCUCGUUCGAGUACCACCGCUACGACGAGCUGCGGAAGGCGCUGGUGUCGGUGUGGCUGCAGUGUCCCGCCAUCGCGCGCAUCUACACCGUCGGGGAGAGCUUCGAGGGCCGCGAGCUCUUCGUCCUGGAGAUGUCCGACAACCCCGGCGCCCACGAACCGGGCGAGCCCGAGUUCAAGUACGUCGCCAACAUGCACGGCAACGAGGCGGUGGGCCGGGAACUUCUGGUCUACCUGGCGCAGUACCUGUGCAACCAGUACCAGCUGGGCGACGAGACCAUCGUGGACCUGAUCCACAGCACGCGCAUACACCUCAUGCCCUCCAUGAACCCGGACGGGUUCGAGAAGGCCGCCUCACAGUCCGGAGAGAUCAAGGACUGGUUCGUGGGCCGCACCAACGCUCAGGGGGUGGACUUGAACCGCAACUUCCCCGACCUGGACAGAAUCAUCUAUCUCAACGAGCGGGAGGGAGGAGCCAACGGCCAUCUUCUGCAAAACAUGAAAAAGUCUGUGGAUGAAAAUACGAAGUUGGCUCCGGAGACCAAGGCGGUGAUCCACUGGAUCAUGGACAUCCCCUUCGUCCUGUCUGCUAACCUGCAUGGCGGCGACGUGGUGGCCAACUAUCCCUACGACGAAACCCGCAGUGGCUCGACCCACGAGUACAGCGCCAGCCCCGACGACCCGAUCUUCAAGUCGCUGGCCAAGGCCUACUCCGCCAAAAACCCCGUCAUGUCCGACCCGCUGCGCGAGCCCUGCCGCAAGAACGACGACGACUCCAGCUUCAAGGACGGGAUCACCAACGGGGGGGCCUGGUACAACGUGCCGGGGGGGAUGCAGGACUUCAACUACCUGAGCAGCAACUGCUUCGAGAUCACGCUGGAGCUGAGCUGUGACAAAUUCCCCCCCGAGGACUCGCUCAAGAGCUACUGGGAGCAGAACCGCGACUCGCUGGUCAGCUACAUCCAGCAGGUGCACCGUGGCGUGAAGGGCUUCGUGCGAGACCUGCAGGGCAACGCCAUUAGCAACGCCACCAUCUCUGUGGAGGGCAUCGAGCACGACAUCACCACAGCGAAAGAUGGCGACUACUGGCGCCUGUUGACUGCUGGCAACUACAAGGUGGCAGCGUCGGCUCCGGGAUACUUGAGCGUCAUCAAGAAGGUGGCAGUCGCGCACAGCCCCGCCACCAGGGUGGACUUUGAGCUGGAGUCCCUCGUGGAGCGCAAGGAGGAGGAGAGGGAGGAGCUCAUGGACUGGUGGAAGAUGAUGUCGGAGACGCUCAACUUCUAAACGAAGACGGCGGCGCCCGAGCACCCAACGCCGGCUCGGCACGUCUUUCACCCCUUUUUCCGUUGUCCCUUCGUGUUUUAAUAUCCUACACACACUAAGGCAGAGCAAUUCUCAUUUUUAUUUAUGUUUUGGAUGUGUCGUUUUGUUUCUUGUGAUUGGUAAAGACAGCAACCAUCCCUGUAAUCAAUGAAAGCUGCAGACACGCACAUAAAAUUCAAUUUAAUAAUAACGGGACCAGCGGUGAAGGGUAAAACACUAAAGUAAAAAUAAAUACAUGAAAAAAAUUAAAAGCACUAUUAUCGUCAUCAUGAAUGGUUACAGCAACAGCUUGGCUUUGAGCACAGGAUUUGUUUUUAAUUCUUAUUAAUAAUAUUUAUAUACAUAUAUAUUGGACUGUAUUUAUCGACUCAAGUAUAGCGAAAAAUGUUGAUGUGUGUUUUGUAACAUUUAACGGGCAAACCCAAAGCCAUUCCUUUGUCGGUGCGUCGCUCAGUAAGGAACCGUGAAAGCUCGUUUUGUUCCAUUUUCACAUUGCUUGACACGAAAUUGGAUGGACGCAAAAUAUUGUAUAUCAUAUUGCACACGCGUGGAAGAAUUGAUGAAUGUAUCGUUGUUGGAAACGGACGUGUAGACAGGACAGUACAAGAAUGCAACUGAUUCAACAAUAAAACCAUGUUUGUGUUGUCAUCAUCUGUGCUUUGGGGACGUUUUGUUAGAUUUUGUGCAUGAAUUAAGAAUAGGCGGCACGGUGGGCUCAGCUGGAAAGCGUUGGCCUCACAAUUCUGAGGUCCCGGGUUCGAUCCCGGCCUCGCCUGUGUUGCGUUUGCGUGAUCUCCCCGUGCCGACGUGGGUUUCCUCCCACAUCCCAAAAUGAGGAAUUUAUUGGAGACCCUAAAUUGCCCGUAGGCUAUUUGUCUCUACGUGCCCUGCGAUUGGCCGGCGACCAGUUCAGGGUGUACCCCGCCUCCUGCCCGAUGACAGCUGCGAAAGGCUCCGGCACUCCCCGUGACCCUCGUGAGGAUAAGCGGCUAAGAAAAUGGAUGGAUCAAUUAGAAU